AAUGUCCAGGGCAAGACACAAGGGGCGUUUUUUGACAGGGGUACAUUUAAAACAUGGCUGAAAAAGAUAUAGCUGGGAUAGGAAGAAAAGAAGUUGAUAACUCUGUGCAGGCUAAAAAUAAUGCUUUGGAUGAUGAUGAGUUGGAUUCCCUUCUUGAUGACGCCUUGCAAGACUUUUCCAAUACAGAAGCUCCAUAUAAUCCCGGAUCCAGUGCUGCUGGAACUGAUCCGCGAGCAGACUCAAACCCGAAGCCUCCGGAUAAAAACGAACCUCAAGGCGAAGCGAUUUUCUGUAGAGACUUUGGUGACCUUUUUUCUCAAGACGACUUUGCAAAAAUGACAGAAGAGUUGUCGAAAGCACUUCAAGAUUUGCCAGUCUCCGGUCUUUUCCCUCACGAAAAAGAGAGUGAUCCUGAUGGAAGUGUCCCUACGGGACCAAAGGCUACUCCUAGUUUGGAAGAAAAUCUCGAGAGCGCGUGGAAAUCACUGGCACAAAAUAUCAAAGAUACCCAGGACGAAAAACCCGAAGAUGUUUUAGAAAAAGACCUUAUGAAGGCCUUCCAAGGGCUAGGGCUAGAGAAUGCAGAAGUAGAUCCUGACAAUUUUAUGACCGCUCUCCAAGGAAUGGUGACAACUCUCCUUUCGAAAGACAUCUUGUACCCGUCUUUAAAAGAAAUGCAGGCGAAAUACCCAACUUGGCUGAAGGAGAAUAAAACAAAGUUGAGCGAGGAUGACUACGGGCGUUACGUGCGCCAACAAGAGCUUGUAUCGAGACUUUGUUGCGAAUUCGAGGGAGAGACCGAAAAUGAAAGUGACGAAGGAAAGAAAUUACGUUUGGAUAGAAUCAUGGAUUUAAUGCAAAAGAUGCAACAGUGUGGCCAUCCUCCAUCGGAUCUACUUGGACCGGAUAGUGAAUCAAACCCAGAUUUUAGAAAUUGGCCAACUGGAGUGCAAAGUGAUGAACAGUGUGUGUGCAUGUGAUGUACAUAUAUUUAUAUAUAUAAAAUUCAAAUAUAUGUAUGUAUUGGAAGUCAACGCUUGUCGGGCUUCAGUGGUACAUCGUUACCAACACUUGCCUAAAGAAAAUAUCCCUUAUUUGCAAACAUUCAGUUUGUAUAAGGUAGGGAAUCCUCAACGAUGUCCAUAAGUUUGAAAUAUAAUGUUUUGUAACUGUGCUCUUAGGCAAUUGUUUACCAUUCAAUCGCAGUAUAGAUAGAAUACAGUUUAGACUUAAUAUUUUAGAUACAGUUUCUAAGAAUACAAAAAUCAAUUUCUUUCCAAAAUUCAUCUGUUCUUUCCAUGUACAAACCUGAUUUUUAACAAGUUUGUUCCAGUGUCCUAUUAGAACCUGUGAGCUAAACCUUGCUUUGCUUGUCAUAUCUCUUUUUUUUGUAAUCAUAUUCCAAGUUUCAUGGUAAUAGCCAAGGGCCUGCAUUUAAUUUGAACCGUAAAUUAUUAUGUGCUUUCCAUAAAAUAUUAAUAUCAGUCGAGUCAUUGUAAUUGAUGUUCACGUUUCAUAAGCUGGCUCAUUUCUUACUUGUGCCCUCU